AUGUCUGCCGAAGACACGAGGGACGAAGGUGAGACCAUCACCCUCGCCGGACAGUCAAACAUAUCCCCACGCAAUGGAAGCAGCGCAAGUUCCCGCCAGUCUGGACGCCAGCAGGUCCGUCAUCGCGCCUCAGUAGCCUGUGCCUCCUGUCGCGAUAGACGGAUUCGCUGUGUCGUCCCGCAGGGUCAAGCAGAGUGCAACCAGUGCCGUAGAUCUGGGACCGAGUGUAUAAUUAAGAAUGAUGAUGAGCGAAGACGACCAAUCUCCAAGGCCUACAUGUCCUCACUCUCUGACCGGAUAUCAAUGCUCGAGGGCAUGCUCAAGGACAAGGGAGUUGUACCGCCUCCUGCCAGCCACCCUCCAAAGACCAAGCACGACCAGCAGACCAAAUCGUCAGAGCCCCAGCAGAAGAAGAAGCGGUCCAUUGACGGUGACCGCCAGAGCUCAAUCGCGCCAUCGUCAUACCAUGCUGCCUCGCCGAGUGUGCAUGUCCCUUCGCCACCAGACUCGCGCAAUGACGAACCAAUGAAGCCGGACUUGGACAUGGCCGAUUCAAUGGCCAGCGUGGAUGAGAUCCAUUUGACUCAGCAGCAGCAGCAACAGCAGCAGAUGCCCCCGCCAUCGUUCCACAUGGAGGGCUCACCCCUUCGCAUGCUGGACCCCAGGCAGGAGGACAUCGUUCACCGUCUGCUAUCUAACAAGGCCAAUCUCUCAUUCGACCAGCUCUCCGGACGAUUGCGCUUCUUCGGCCCCACGGCAAACAGUCACGUAUACGCAGAAUCACCGGACCAGUUCGACUCCCGAGAGCCCCCGGAGCAGGUUCGCAGAGCGGAACGCAUCAUUCGCUCUCUCAGCACGGCCACCUACGACUACCUCAUGUCCAACUUCUGGGAAUACUACAACUCGGUCAUCCAGGUCAUCGACCGGGAGGCGUUUGAAGCAGAUCGCGACUCGCAGCACCCCAAAUAUUAUUCCAGCUUCCUCCACAUCUGCGUGUUGGCAAUGGGCUAUAGAGGAUCGGACCAGACACGCGAUGACAUGAAGAAGAUCUCGCUGGGGAACCGCGAGAGCACUCUUCAUCGGGAGGCCAAGUACAUGCUUGACAUUGAGCUUGAGAGACCCGGGGGGAUCCCGAGUGUUCAGGCGCUCUUGCUCCUCGGUGAUCUUGAAUGCGGGGUGGGAAGGGAUAAUACGGGAUGGAUGUACUCGGGCAUGGCAAACCGACUGGCCUUUGACAUUGGACUUCACCUGGACUGCCGCACCGACGGCAUGCCAGAGCAAGAGGUCUGCACUCGCCGCAUGGUGAUGAGAGCGGCUGUCAUCUACGACAAGUACUGGGCCUUGUUCCUCGGGCGACCCACGAGCAUCAAGAGCCAGGAUAUCAGCAUGGAGCUUCUCUCGGACAAGUUCUCCCUCCUCACCUCCGAGUAUCUGCCAUCGCCACUGGGACAGAACAUGGUGACCGAUAUCUACGAGCAACUGAUCGAACUGAUGGAGCUGGCGGGCCGCAUUGUAGAAACUCGCGACAGCCGUGGCCUCCGGAAGGUCGACCCAAACAACUACUUCUCCAUGACCGAGGCAGAGGACAAUGCCUAUCUGCACGUGGUCAACCUCGAUCGCCAGCUGCAAAACUGGUACCGCCGCCUACCCGACCACCUCGCGUGGAAGCCCGCCAACAUCAAGACGGCCCCCUACAGCUUCUUCCUGCUUCACCAGCAGUACCACGUGUCCAUGAUCCUGCUGCACAGGCCGUGGGCCAAGUACGACACCGGCGACGGCUCGAGCGUAGGCUCGCGCACCGGAUCCCACCCCAGCCCCGAGACCGACCAGAUGGGCGGCGAGCCGGGCACGGCGCCCGUGGUCAUCGACAAGGAGAACUCCAUCGGCCUGGGCGACCCGCACUCCAUGGUCCACGACAGCCGCGCGGCGCUCUCCCGCAGCAUCUGCACGCAGCAGGCCAUCCGCGUCUCCCGCAUCUUCUGGCAGCACCGCCAGCGCUUCGACGGCCGCAAGAUCUUCGUCACGGGCAUCCAGCACGCCGGCACCUCGGCCCUCGCCCUCAUCGCCGCGCUCGCCUUCCACAAGAGCGAGGCGGACCGGCGGACCUACAUGGGGUACCUCGAGAUCCUGAGCGACGCGCUCGGCGACAUGAGCCACACGUAUCAUCCCGCCGCCCGUAUGGACCAUCUGCUCAAGGCGGUGCUGAACCAGGUCCGAAUCAACCUGGGCGAGGACCCGCAGCAGAGCGCGAUGCGAGGCCACGGCAUGUUCCCCCUCGGCGGAUCAGGCGACUUCGCAGCCCCUCCCGCAGUAGUGCCGUCCCGUCGGGAGGCUGUUGACUCACACAUCGGCGGCCAUCCAGCCAAGAAGCGAAGACCCGGCGGCGGUAGUAGGCGAGCGUCGGAGCUGCCGCGCCCUCCCCCGCCCUUUUUCUCGCAGCCCACGCCGCCGAGCUCAUCCUACAGACAUCAGCAGCAGCAGCGGCAGAUGAGCAGCGUGUUCGGCGGCAGCGACAUGAGCCACCAGCGGGCCGACUCCAUGUCCUUCCCGCUGGGGAGCACGUCGGACGGCAUCCACAGCUUCGACCUGAGCUUCCUCGACGGCUCCCCGGCCAUCGACAUGGACCUGGGCCAGGGCGCCUCUGGCCGGCCGGACGACAUGGCGCUCGUGACGCCCUCGUCGGACAUGUGGGGGUUGGGCAGGCUGCCUGGUGACCAGGACGGCGAGCCUCGCGGCGGGUUCGAGGCUCUGAUGGAUGACUUCGCGCUGGGGCCCGCGGGGCUGAGUGCGAGCUCGGUGCUGGGGCAGAACGGCAAUGCAGAGAACGGGACGAAGCGGAAUGAGGAGAAUGGCCGCGCGCCGAUGAUGGAUCAGGAUGUGGCUGGUGGGAUGAGUCCGCUGAGCAUGAACAGCCUGAUGCAGACGGUGGAAAAGGGAAACGGUGAAAAUGAGGCGCAGCGGAAUCACGAUUUAGACUUCUUUAGCUUUACGUAG